AUGGGAGCGGAACUAACAACACCAAUAGUAACAACACUGAUUCUGGUGGUGGCUAUAACCAAGACGGUGGAACAGGGGGUAGCGGCGAUGGAGGAGCAGGGGGUAGCGGCGAUGGAGGAGCAGGGGGCAGCGGCGAUGGAGGAGCAGGGGGUAGCGGCGAUGGAGGAGCAGGGGGCAGCGGCGAUGGAGGAGCAGGGGGUAGCGGCGAUGGAGGAGCAGGGGGCAGCGGCGAUGGUGGUUACCCCGGCGGCGGCGACGUGUCACCUCCUGGUCCUCCCAUGGCAGGCGACAAGGCCCUGGAUAUCCUUCGAUGCGACGACGGGCGCCCCCCAGUGGACUCUCGUGAACAACGUGUCGCACGUCGCAAUGCUGUCGCCUGUUGAGGACCAGGGCGCGUGCGCCGCGUGCUGGGCGUUCGCGGCGGCGGCAGCGGUGGAAGCCGCGGUGGCGAUUUUCACCGCAACCACGCCCGCGCGCCUCUCACUCUCCGCGCAGCAGCUGCUGGACUGCGCGCCGGGCACGUGCAUGGGCGGGUACCCGGAGGACGCGCUGCAGUACAGCUCCACCUCCUUGCUCCGCCGCGCCUCGCAGUACCCCUAUGUCAUGGACAAGGGUGCCUGCCGCGGAGGGCUCCAGCACUCCGAACCCUCCGCUCUCCGGCCGUCUCACCGGCUCCCCAACCCACACGCCAUUCAUCUGCGCACUCUCCCCUCAUCCCCCUCCGCACCCGUCUCGCAGCAAGCGGCAUCGGUAGUGUCGCACUUCGAGCAGGUGGCGCUGGAGGGGUCGCUGGGGCUCAUGCUGGCCGUGCGACAGCAGCCCAUCGUCGUCUCCAUCAUCGCCUCCUCGCCUGACUUUGUCGCCUACAAGGCGGGCAUAUACAGCAACGCCACGUGCUUUUCCCCGAGCAACCCCGUUCUGGACCACGUGGUGCUCGUCGUCGGCUUCCGCUUCCUCUCCGCCACCUCCAACGAGAACUACUUCAUCAUCCGCAACAGCUGGGGCAGCACGUGGGGCGAGAGCGGCCACAUGCGCAUCGCCAUGACCUCUGCGUACGGCGGCAUGUGCGGCAUGACGUACCAGCGCGGGCUGUACCCCACCAUUAAAGCGAGCCUGAUUCAGGAUCCGUGCAAGCUGGCGGUGUGUGGGGGUGGCACGUGCACAAGGACGGGGGUGGGCCGAUACACAUGUGACUGCCCGAGCACCAAGGGGCUGCUCAAGGGGGAGAAUAAGGACGGCUCUGAGACCUGCAUUAUCAGGAGCAAGUGCUCGCUGUUUGCGAGCAACCCGUGUGGCGUGGGAGAGUGUGUGGACGGGAGCUCGGGAGAAAUCUCCUGCGUGUGCCCGCCAGAAUCCACCUCCAGCCAGCUCGCCUGCGGCCAGCCCACCUGUGUACCGGGAGUGGUGGCCGGGCAGGCGGGAGGCGGGCAGGGUGGGAGCGGGCAGGAGUACGAGGCUCGGGAGGGCGACACGUGCAAUGCCAUCUACGUGCUCUUCGGCCUCACAGAGGCGCAGUUCACCUCCCAGAACCCGGGCGUGGAGUGCAACCCUCUCAAGCCCGGCACUCGCCUGCGCCUCACUCCACCAGACACCACCGGCACAUGCACCACCCGAUACCCCGUCUCCAAGGCGGACAGCCUGACAGGAAGCUGUGAUGACAUCAACAACAGGUUCGGCAUCCGAAUCACGGACCUCAACCCAGGAUUGGACUGCACGAACCUGCAACCAGGACAGCAGCUGUGCAUUGAGUGGAACAGUGUGACGGGCGGCAGCGGAGGAGGCGCAGGUGCGUACCAGCAGUGCACGCAGUACCAUGCAGUGGGCCCCACCGACACCUGCGACAGCAUCUUGCAGGCCAACCCCUCGCUCUCCUGGCGCUUGCUGUACCGCCUCAACCCCGGUCUGCUCUGUGAUAACCUCAACCCACUGCGGAACCAGGAGGUCUGUGUGGGCGCAACUCCCCUGGGAGCUAUCGUGUGCGAUGCACCGGUCUGGGCAGUAGUGGUAGGUACUCUCUCCUUCUCCCUCUCCUCUCUCUCUCUCUCUCUCUCUCUCUCUCUCUCUCUCUCUCUCUCUCUCUCUCUCUCUCUCUCUCUCUCUCUCUCUCUCCCUUUCCCUCUCUCUCUUUCCCUCUCUUUCCCUUUGGCGCAUCUUCUCGUUGUGCCCCCUUUUCCCUAG